GUCUCCCUCAGCAAUACUGGAGCGCUGAGACAAACAUCCUCAAUCGAUGACAACAUGGAAUAAACAUGGCACACAAGAAGAGCGCUUUUAUUGAAGCUCUUGAUAGAUCAGAGGCCAGAAGAGAUGGUGGGUUCACGCAGAGCUGGAGUUUUUCUCUCUCUGAUGACAGUGAAGAGGAGAGGAGGAACGACGCUUCCCUUGUGACCAUGGAUCAAGUGGGUGGUCGGCAGGAGAUUUCCCCUGAAGGGAUGAAGGCUCCGCCUCUGAGGCACUUUGGCCCUCUGGAGCCUAUGAAGACAUAUGAGAGGCGGGCAAAUCAUUUCAAGCCCCUCAACAGAAUGGGAACAAGCAAGUCCAGUGAAACUCCACACUCGAUGGCCAUCUCCCCACUUCCCAACAGAACCAAUUAUUUAAUUAUGAGUCCAGUGCGCACUCAAGGCGUUGUAGUUCAAGGGCGGCUGUUUCAGCACACUCAUCUCCCCAGUCCUGCCAGAAAGCCAGUACAAAGCAGCCUUGACUUAAAAGAAAGGCCUGAUUUCACGACCCAGCCAAUCCAAAGAGUAGAGCUAGACAACAUUAUUCUCACCUGCCCCGAGAUCUCAGACUCUGAGAAUAUGACCAUCCAGAGACGCAUCCAGUCGAAACGCCGGACCAUGUUCGAGGGCAUGGGUGCUGUUCCGACAGUCGGCACAACGGUUGAGCAACUGCAGCCGGAUGAAUACUUCACUGUAUGUGGUAAGUGUGGCCAGCAGAGUGAAGACCACAUCAAGUGUGAGCACUGCAGCUGCGUCCUGCUUGUUGAGACCACACUGCAUCCCUCCAUCCCAUCUUCGCCAGCCCCGCGGCCCUCCAUCCGCUCACAGCCUUCGCCCGAUCCACCAGCUGCACAGCUUAGCAAGAGCUUCUAUGGCCCAGCCUCUGGAGGGCACUCCACCCAGGUGGACGUUGUUAUGAACCCACCAGCGCGCAUCACCAGGGGCAACCAGCUGCUGCCACACAACGGCCGGCAUUGUACCACUGCUGCCACCGGCAACGCAGGCUCAUACGUGGCCAAACUGGCUACAGGCAAGAGGCAGCCUGCCACCAAGCAGCAUGACCUCAGUGACCCCAUUAUCCUGUCCAGCGAUGAUGAGGAAGUGGACAAUGCCAGCACUGGCAGCGUGAACCGGAUGGACAGCAUCUCUCCCCGGCCUGCAGACUCAGCCCAUUCCUCUCCGGUGCCCUCCAGUGGUCGGGUGGAGGCAGCGGUCAAAGGAGCCGUGGAACACGAGGAGCACUCAUGUGAAUUUUUCAUGGAUAUGGACCACCGGAACGUGGCCCCCAGGAGGAACCGUAUGAAAGACCCAUUUGGCAACGCGCUAUGUGAAGAUGCAUCUGUGUCGAAGAAGCGGAAGGUGUGCCCGGUCCAGCCCCAGAAGCUGGAGAGUAUUAUCCUGGAGUGCAGGAGUGUGCGCAUAGGGACCCUGCGCCGGAUGGUCACCAAGCCCGUCAUUUUUACUGUAGAAUACAUACAGCUUGAGACAGAAGGCCAGGAGGUGGACGUACUGGAGAAGGUUCGGCUGCGCUCAUCGGAGCUGACCAGCUGCGAGUGGUGCUGCGUGCGCAAGCUGCCCGUGCUCUUCUUCCAGACUAGCGACGAAGAGUGCUGCCGCCUGCGUGCCCAGCUCCAGAUGUCCCAGGAGAGCGGUGGCCUGUGGUACGACUGUAGUGGCAACAACCUCGAUGAGAAAUACAUAGUGUUGAUUUUUGAAAAUGGCCUUUCGAUGCAAGAGCAGGUGAUUUUGGAAGACAUACUGGUCGAGAUUGGCAGAAAGAACAACUUUUCUGGCUUUCCUGCACGCCUGUCGUUUGAUGAGGCUAAUGUCCGACUGGUCCAGUAUAACAAAGCGUCAAAAGAAAAGGAGAAGGCAAAAGCACAGAAAGCACAUCCAAUUUCAUCGUCCACAAUGACAUCACCAACCACCACUACAACAGUAUCUGUCUCAGUUACCACAGCAACAGCAGCAGUUACUAUGGCAGCAGCGACCACGGUAAUGGCAACCACUGCUGCAACAACAGAGUCAACAGUCCGGACACGGAUGUCCACCCAUCUCAAUGCAUUCUUUGAUGAAGACGAUGAUGAAGACAUGGCUGAGCUGCACCCCACGUUCACAGGCCCUGUUGUCAAGUUGAUUGUGUAUCCACCUCCGCCUGCUAAAGGUGGAAUCUCUGUUACAAACGAAGACCUUCACUGUCUAAAUGACGGAGAGUUUCUCAAUGAUGUCAUCAUUGACUUUUACUUGAAGUAUUUAUUUAUGGAGAAGUUGAGAAAAGAGGAUGCACUCAGAAGUCACGUGUUCAGCUCUUUCUUCUACAAGAGGCUCAACCAGAGAGAGAGGAGAAGUGGCCCAGACACAACCAACUUACCGAUACAGAAGAGGAAACACAACCGGGUAAAAACAUGGACGCGGCAUGUUGACCUUUUUCAGAAGGACUUCAUCUUUGUCCCCAUCAAUGAGUCAGCCCACUGGUAUCUCGCAGUGAUCUGUUUCCCUGGUCUUGAGGGGGUUCACCUGGAGGACAACCCUCUGUACCAGCCCCAACUCCAGUCACGGGGCUCCACCCCGGCCUCGGCCCAGCUUGGCACUUCUGGAAUGGUGGAAGGAGGCCUGGAGGAGCCCUCCCCACACACUGAGCCGCUCUCUUUCAGCCAGACGGACCUCGGUGCAGAAGGAGAGAGGCUCUGUGAGCCCCGGACGUGCCAUGCAAACAUGUCUUCCUGUCCCCAUCAACCCCCAGAACACCCUUGUCCCCACAGCCACGAGCUCAAUGGAGAGGUCAAAGUUCAAUCACAUUACACAAAUGCUUUGCGCAGAAUCAGCAUGUGUUAUGGCAGGGAUGAUCCUGCAAGCUUCUCAGAUGACCAAAGUUCAUCUCAAGAUGAGUGCAGCGAGGAUGGAGCACUGGCAGAUGAAGGCGGGUCCUCUGAGAGCAUGGAGUGGACAUCCAAACCCAACAUCUGCAAACAGUCUCACAGACCAUGUAUUCUCAUUAUGGACUCCUUGAGAGGCCCUGCCAGGUCAUCGGUGGUGAAGACAUUGCGAGAGUAUCUGGAGGUGGAGUGGGAGGUGAGGAAGGGCAGCCCAAGGAGUUUCGGGAAAGAUGUUAUGAAGGGUUCAAGCCCACGCGUGCCUCAGCAGGACAACUUCAGCGACUGCGGUGUCUAUGUCCUGCAGUAUGUUGAGAGCUUCUUUGAGAAUCCUCUACCAAGCUUUCAUCUCCCAAUGAACUUGCUGGACUGGUUCCCCCAUCAACGGAUGAAGACCAAACGUGAUGAGAUCAAGGAGCUCAUCCUGAAACUUCAAUCACAACAACAACUGGACAGGGAAAGUUUAGGGCAGGUGGACCCCUGUGAAAGCCCCUGCGAGGACUUGGACGUUGGAGACACCUUAGAGUCAGCUGAUCUAAUUCCACCAGUCAGCUCUUGAGUUCUGCCCCAUGCUGCUAUGCUCUUACUAUGACACUGUCCUGUUGGCCCCACCUCCUGUGGCAAUGUUGGCCAUUCAGAGCCCUCCGUGAUUGUAAGCUGCUGGAUGACUCCGCCGUUAAUACUUAUACAGACUGUUCUGUUCCCCUUCAUUAAAAAAGAGCAAGAACACUUUUUAAUUUGUAUUAAAUAAAACAUGUACAUACGCUGGAAGGGUUUUUUGUUUUUGUUUUGUUUUUUGCUGCCUUCGUGAAUUGACGUCUUAUCAUCUCACGUCUCACUCUUGCACCAUCAGCGGGGUAAAAGUGUUCAUUCAUGUGAUGACUUCAUGGAGGUCACGAAUGACCUUGGUCACUCCGUAAACCUGCAGGAUUAGUAUGUAUAUUGUCCUGUUACAUUCGUACUUCAAUUCAUGAUAUCUGACUGUAGAAAACAGUUUGCUGUUGUUUGUAGACUAAGUACCCAACACAGUCUGGAAGAAUUUUUUUUUUUUUAAUAAUAAUAAAUAAACAUCUAAUUUCUCUGCUGGAAUAA